AUGUCCUCAGUUCCGCCGGCACUGGGAUCCGUGCCGCAGAAUAUCCGCACCAGAGCCGUUAACGCUGAGGCGUGGCGGCGGAAGAAAGAUCUGGCGCGAGCAUGUCAGAUCGUCAUCGAAGACAGCGUAUGUGCCGUGAUGUCUGCUCACCACCGGGAAUUCAGAAGAAAGUCGGGCCGUUGCUGCUCGCGCCGCUGCGAAUUGGGCCACCCUGGGAACCGCUGCCCGAUUGCGGCUUGGAAGUGGACCCAGAGGGCUUGGAGGCGGGAGGCUUGGAGAACAGGGAGAACAUCGCGAGUGUUGACGAGGAUGAACGGGUGUGGUGCGGUUUGCAGGACGCCAAAGGGCUGGUUGGGUGGUAUGAUCAAGGUGUCGAGGAAGUUACACCGAGAUCCAGACGAUGUUCUGUCUGGAGGGGAGCAGUAG